AUGGCGACGACACGACCACUCACUUCUUUCAAAGCUCUCACCUUUGAUUGCUAUGGUACUCUUGUGGACUGGGAAUCUGGCAUCUACAACAACCUCCAGCCGUUGAAUCAACAGCUCGCCGACUCGCAUCCCCUCAAGAACGACCGUCUCGGCUUGCUCAAAGCUCUUGUCCGGCACGAGGGUCUCGUUCAGGCCGCGAACCCAACAUACCUCUAUCAUGCUGUCCUAGCCACCGCAUACGGCAAUCUUGCCACGGAGCUGGGCGUCUCGGCCGACGGGGAGGCAAAGGCAAAGUUUGGAUUCGGCGUCGGCGACUGGACCAUCUAUCCUGACACGCUCGACGCGCUGAAGCGGUUGCACAAGCACUUCAAGCUCGUGAUCCUUUCCAACGUGGAUCUCGACUCGUUCAAGCGCACUCUGGAGAAACAAUUCCAAGGCUUCCCUUUUGAUGCCAUUUACACAGCUCAGGAGAUUGGCUCAUAUAAGCCAGACUUGAACAACUUCCGGUACCUCAUUGAGCACUGCGACAAGGACUUGGGCGUGAAGAAGGAAGACAUCCUGCACACCGCACAGAGUUUGCAUCACGAUCAUGUGCCAGCAAAACAGAUUGGACUGUCAAGUGCGUGGAUAGAGCGAGGCGAGGAGGUUGAGAGCGUCAUGGGCGGAGAUCCAGAGACCUAUGCGGACAAGGUGUCGUAUUCGUGGAAGUUUACGAACAUGAAGGAGAUGGCAGAUGCGGUUGAUUCUGCUGCAAAGAGUACAUAG